AUGUAUCAUCCUCUUCAUCAUCAUAUACUGAUACAGAAUUGCUCUGGUCGUCGAAUUGUCGAUAUAAUGUAUGUUUUUGAACAAAUACAAAAAAGUAAACACGCAGGAAGUUUUGGUUGCUCAUUCUUAGACAUGCAAUUUUUAUCUGAAAAACGUUACGGAUUCAGAUCUUCAUAUAUUUUUCAAUGUAAAAUGUGUAAUUUAAAAUCUGCGUUUGAAUCUGAGAAAAUUGAACCAGAAGAUUUUAUUCCAAUAAAUCAAGCUAUAGUUAGUGGGACAAUUGCAGCUGGUAUAGGCUAUACACAACUUGCUGAAGUACUUGUUUCCGCUGAUAUGCCAUGUAUGUCAAAUACAACUUAUAAUGCAGUUUUAUUGGUUAUGAGUGAAAAUAUACAUAAUGCGGCAUUGAAAGAAAUGCAAAUUGCAGGCGAAGAGGAAAAAAAAUUGGCAAUAGCGGCAGGCGAAAUUGACCAUGAUGGUACACCAAUGUGUACCGUUGUAGCAGAUGGCCAAUGGUCAAAGCGUAGUUACAAAACGAAGUAUGAUGCUUUGUCUGGUGUUGCUACUAUAAUUGGGUAUAAGACUAAAAAAAUAUUAUUUAUUGGUAUUCGAAAUCGAUAUUGCGUAAUUUGCCAGAGAUUUAAAAAUAAGAAAACCGAAGGUUCUACUAAC